GAUUUGGUAUUGGAUCAAAGAUGGCUUCUACCGGCACUGUGCUUUUUCAUCGAGGGCGACCUGGGAGUGACAGUGAAAAUGACUUAUGGGAUGAUACAGCAUUAAUUAAAGCAUAUGACAAUGCUAUCAGCAUAGUUAAGGCUCAUAUAAACAAUGAACAAGGUUUGACAGAUGAGGAAAAACCAGUCAUAACAGAUAAGAAACGCAGAGGUGGCAAAAGAAAGAAGAGACAUAGAAAAAAAAAGCAGUGGAAGCCUGGAGAUCAGUGCAGGGCUAUUUUUUCUGAGGAUGGAUUAGUUUAUGAUGCAGAGAUACUCUCAGUGGAUCAGUCGACUAGGACCUGUAUUGUUAGAUAUAGAGGUUAUGGAAAUGAAGAGGAACAGAUUCUAGACAACUUGAGAUCUGCCCCAGGUAGAAGAUCACAGCAACAGAAACUGUCUGCUGGGGAGGCUGGAAGCUUAGCAGAUAGCAUGGACUGGUGUGGACAGAGAUCAGAUGCUUCCAGCAAAGAUCCCAACAUUACACAUGGUAGCAAACAUCAUCAUCACAAAUCAGCUCAGAGUGGAGGAUCUCCAUGGCCUGGUGUACCCCCAGUGCCAACUUUUCCUGUCCAUAAUAUCCCGUUUGUGCCCCCUCCUCCCCCCCUUAUUGCUGAGGACCCAUUGGAUGGUGAUAAUGAGGUUAUGUGUUCCAUGUUAAUGGCUUGGUACAUGAGUGGAUACCACACUGGUUACUAUCAGGGUAUGAAGCAUGCAAGGCAACAAGAUCAUCGAGGAACAUCCCCAUGUUCAGACUCAGUCAGAUAACCAGUUCAUAGGAUUCAAUUAAACAAUGACUUUUUAAGAACUCUAAUAAAUUGGCUCCAACAGUUCAUAGGAUCACUCUUUUGAGGAAAAUGCAAACAUAAUUUUAUGCAAAUCUUA